UUACAGCUGAGUGGGCCACUGCUCCGCGGCUCUGUUAUAUAACUUUAAUGUUCUCACGGCUCGUUAACCGCUCAUAGCGGCAAUUCGUUGCAAGUCGCAUUUUUGUCGAUUCGUUAUGGAUUAAUCCAAAGGAUCGGGAGCGACUGACUUUUAUUGCUCUUAUUUUUUUCUCUCCCCUUCUUCCCCCUGCUGCUGACGAGGCGUAUUAAAAGUUGUCGACGGAUCCAAGAAGCGGCGCUCGAGCGACGCGGCGGCGGAGUUAGAAAAUAUUGCGGAGAUUGUUUUCCUGUCACACGGUCAGAGACGCCGCUGCGAUCUGCUUUGGCAUUUCAGCGUGAAACACCAGCGCUGCAAGAAGUGACGAUUUUUACCGCCUAACAUGUUUCAUUUCGGGGAAAAUUGUGCAGACAGGAGAUGACCUAAUAAUAUUUUUCUCUUACUACAGAAUGACGACAUGGAUCAGGGAGGACCACAGCACAAUGGUAAUCGGAACGACAACCUUACAUUUGUAGGACUUGGACCGCAAGUAGUUAGAGACACAUUGGACACACCCGAUUUACGGCUUCAAUCUGCAAUGCAUCUACCCGGUCCAGGGUCUAUGAAUCAGAGCACAGUAGCACCGAAUGGACGAGGGGGAACCAAAGACGAGGGGGAGCACUCGGGACUCUUUGAGUCAGAUAAGGAGGGUAAAAUGAGCAGGAUACAUAAGCAAGAACAGGAUCUAUUCAGCUAUGGGGACAAUUUGCCUUUGCUGAACCAGAGUAUUUCUGACUUUGAUCAGAUGCCUGCCGCUGUCAUUAACACAUCAGAAAACUCUGUUUUGGGCAACCUACCUUUGCCAGACCUGUUCUCGCAGCAAAUUAAGCAGGAGGGGACCUUCUCUCUGGAUAAGGAGUUAGGAACUUUUGGUGGACAGACAGGGGCUGCUGCUUACAAUUUGGAUGACAGAAGCGCUCCAGUACUGGAUGAUGCAGAUAUCUGGCAAGAUCUGGACCUUCCGAACUCUCUGCCAGAAAUCAGUGCUUUUGAAUUGGAUUCAGAAGUGGCACAUUUGGAUACUAUCCUCCAGGAGAGUAGCGGUGGUGGCGGUCCUGAAAAGUCCCUUUUGGGUAACGGGGCAAACUGUAUCGGUUUGAAUGGCGCUGAGCAGCAGCAGCAGCAGUCUCCACACCCCCUGGUACAACAUCAGCUUCAGCAGCAGCAACAACCUCCGGCGAUGCUUUCCAGUGUCAUCAUAAAGGAAGAGAAGGAUCCCGAUUUCAUCCGCAUCCAUACCCCUGGUGUGGUUAAGCAGGAGAAGCAGGACGGUGCCGGUUACUGCCAGUCCCAGUGUCUGCAGAGUAGCAUGAGCCCUCUGCAUGGAGUGGGAAACAUGUUGUCUCCCAUGGAUGUUGGAGCAGGAACUGGAUACCACUACAGAGCCAAUCCUGGUACAGUAGGCAUACAAGACCAGAAGCCUUUUGGCACGUACCAAAACCUGCAAGGAGUCGGAGAGAGCUGGGUAGGUGGGAAGAGGUAUGGAGACUCCUCUGGAAUUCAAGGCACUAGUGAUCGCCUCUCCUCUCCUGGAGCUUUGGGGAAUUUUUCCGUCGGAUUUCCAAGCCCAUCAGCCAGAACUGGAGAAAACAACAGCACUUCAGCGACCGGCCAGUCCAAGCCUGGCGGGCAAGCCCAUAAGAUAUGCCUGGUGUGCUCAGACGAGGCAUCUGGAUGCCAUUACGGGGUGGUUACCUGUGGCAGCUGCAAGGUCUUCUUCAAGAGGGCUGUCGAAGGAUGGAGAGCACGGCAAAACACAGAUGGUCAGCACAACUACCUGUGCGCUGGAAGAAACGACUGCAUCAUUGAUAAGAUUCGCAGGAAGAACUGCCCGGCGUGCCGCUUCAGGAAAUGUCUCCAGGCAGGAAUGAAUCUGGAAGCGAGGAAAAACAAGAAGAAUAAGAUAAGAGUGCAGCAGCUGCAGCAGCGAUCCCCAGAACCAACCGGCAACAUGUCUGUGGCCAUCAUACCCAGAAGCAUGCCCCAGCUGGUUCCCACCAUGCUCUCUGUCCUGAAGGCCAUCGAGCCUGAGAUAAUUUUCUCAGGCUACGACAGCACGCUACCAGACACCUCGUCCCGUCUCCUGAGCACCCUCAACAGACUGGGAGGCCAGCAGGUCAUCUCCGCCGUCAAAUGGGCCAAGUCGCUGCCAGGCUUCCGUGAACUGCACCUUGAUGACCAGAUGACUUUGCUGCAGUGCUCCUGGCUCUUCCUGAUGUCCUUUGGUCUUGGUUGGAGAUCCUAUGAGCAGUGUAACGGCAGGAUGCUCUGUUUUGCCCCAGAUCUCGUCAUAAAUGAGGAGCGCAUGAAGCUGCCUUUAAUGGGCGACCAGUGCGAGCAGAUGCUGAAGAUUUGCAAUGAGUUUGUCAGACUGCAGGUCUCCUACGAAGAGUACCUCUGCAUGAAGGUCCUGUUACUCCUCGGUACAGUACCCAAAGAAGGCCUGAAGUGCCAGGCGGUUUUUGAUCAGAUCAGGAUGACUUACAUCAAGGAGCUGGGAAAAGCCAUCGUGAAACGAGAGGAGAACACAAGUCAGAACUGGCAGCGAUUCUACCAGCUAACUAAGCUACUGGACUCCAUGCAGGAGAUGGUGGAGGGUCUCCUGCAGAUUUGCUUCUACACCUUCGUGAAUAAGACCCUCAGUGUGGAAUUCCCCGAGAUGCUGACGGAGAUCAUCACCAACCAGAUACCAAAAUUCAAAGACGGGAGCGUCAAACCUCUGCUGUUUCAUCAGAAAUGACGGCCUUGAAAUGUGAAUCAAUGCCUUAAAUCCCCAACCUGCUUCAGGCCCUUCUGCUCUAAUUCUUUAUUCCGCCCCCCCAAUAUUCUUGUCCGUUCUUUGGUGUUUGUUUUCAUUUUUGGAAAGUCAGCUUCAUCCCUUCAUCCCUUGCCUGUUUAGUCUAAUCUCAGAAAUUACCCAUAGCCUCAUAGUCGCCACCCCAGUCUGUCUGCACAGAAGCAAAUUGAAUGUUUUUAAAGCAUCUGUCCGUUUUCCUCAAUCCCUCACCUCUUGAACUCAGACAUUUAUUCUUUUUAAAGUCCUACUCUCUACAUCGCUGAAAUCAUUUUAACUUGCCGGCCUUGCUCUGCUUCUCCGCGCUGUGAAUGUCGCUCACAGUCUAGAGACGAAGGGGACAGAUUGAAGCUUUGAUGCAAAAGAACCUCACUUCUUCUGGAUUCAAGGACGAAAAGCAAAAACGGACCCGAACUGGACCUAUUUACCCGAUCAGUGGAAGAAAAAGGAAAACGGAGCAGCUUGUGGAUCCGUCUUCAUGUUUUUUUUUUGUUUUUUUUAACGCAGAUGCACAUCGCAGAUCACGCUUUCAGAGUUCAGCAGACGCCACGUUCAGCGCGAGCUACACAUGUUUACACAGGAUGUAUCUGAGGGAAAACCAGUGCCUUUUAGUUUUCAUUCUCGCAGCCAUCCGUUACAGACCAGUCUGUUGUUCUGUUCCUUCGCAUUUAUCGCCUGGUUUUAGUUUGCUUCUUUUGUUUUCUCUUUAAAAUUAAAGUUUUCUUUUAAUUUUAUUGUUUAGAGGAAUCCCCCACCCCUUCAAAAGUGUGCAGAACAAAGUCAUCCCGGCAGCUUGAAUUAUCAUCUUCAUGUUCAGGUCUUUAAACGUUUAAUGAACUAGUAUAUUACAGUAGAAUAUACUGUUUUUCUUCUUUAGAAAAGUGAACCUAUAGUGUUCUCCUUUAACUGCAUCAGAGAAGCAGCCACUAUAAUCUAGAAUUUGGAAGUAAAUCAAAGUAUUUUUUUUUUUUAUUUAAACUGAGGAAGAUUAGAAAUUCCUGUCAAAUUCUGAAGGUUUGGAAACGUUUGUAAUUUCUUUAUCGUGAUUUUUACAAAUAUGGAUCAAAUUGAGAUUGAAAAACGUCCAAAUAUCCAUUUUCUAAUCGCGCUCAAUAUUAUUUGUAAUAUUUUAAAUCAAUCUGGCGUGACGGGUCCGGGUCCUUUCUCUGCCAGCUUCACCGAAUUUUAAAAAUGGUGACGAUAACUUAAAAACUUUCUCUGGUUUAUCUUGAAAGUCCAGUUUUUCUGCAGGGUCCCACACUUCUUGGAUCAAUUCAUAUUUUAGAUGAUGAACACAAUAACAGAAAGUGCUUUUUAAUACAGGAAGUAGUUUAAAAAACAUUUUAGGAAUUACAAAAUCAACCCAACUUUUUCUCUUCAUAACAUAUUUCAGCUUCAUCUGAAUUUGAUUUAACCCAAAGUGCAUAAAAUCUUUUGGUUUUUAUUAACUAAUAGUAAAAUCUUUAAUUUUCCAAGACAAGAAAACAGGAUGUUUCUUAAAAUUAUGUGACGAUGGAUCUCUAAUAUAUAUAUAGAUAUAUAUUUAAUUUGUUUCAUACUCUGCAUACACAAAGAAACAGGGAUUAUUAUGAAGCCCGUCCAUUUUAAAUGCAAGAAGCUGCAUUUAAAUCCACAUAAUUUGCUUAUUCUUCAGGUAAUGUCUCCUUACAUCUUUUAUUAUAGUCCCACUAGUGCCAAAUAUCACAAAAGUUUUUUUUUAUCAGUUCUUUUUUCCUCUAAUAUCCUGCAUAUGUGAAGGGUGGUGUACAGCGGUGGUUUAUAACUUAGCUUCAGGGUGCUCAGUCUUCAGUGUCUCACAUAACACCAGCUUACAAUGAUCGAUUGUUAACGAAAUGUUUUUGGGUUGUUUUUUUUUUUUUUAGAUUGUGAUGUUGCUACAGUUUUUAAUGUGUAUAAAGCCUUCAUACCAGCUUACAUAGUGGCCAAAUCUAGUGUUCAGGUUUUCAUCGGCUUCUGCUGAGUGCAAAGUGCAACACCGUUCACCUCCCUGCUCUAGAGUCCGCUUUUCUACUUUCAGGGUUCCUACAGAGUCAAAAAAAGAAUAGAAAAAGUAAAAUAUUUUGUAUUUUCCGAAUCCUAUCUCUUUCAAAUGGUUCUAAAGUUUGUCGUUUCUUGUGUCCUCCUACGUUUGUCUUUCCUUCCUUGGUUUCCUUCUGUAGUCUCCUACCUCCUUCCGCUCUAUGUGCCUUGGAUUCCUUCCCUCUCUCUUUUUUUUUUUUGUCUCCUACCUCCUUUCUUUCCCUAUGUUGGUUCUGCCCAAAGUUAAAAUAACAGUUCUAAAAUCAAAGAGAAUAUUAAGAUUUUAUAUUUUAAGAUAAAAGUAAAGGACAGGGAAAGCUCAGCGUGGAAAAAUGUGAUAUAUUUGUGAAUUUCCGUGUAAGAGCCCAGGACUUUAUAUCUGGAUUUUCAGUUGUUUGCUUAACUGCACAGAAAUAAAAAAGUAAAAAAAAAAAGCAGCAAUCCUCAAUCAAGAGCCAUAUUUUCUUUAGCUUUGAAGUUUGCCAAUCCUUCUGGAUGAUUGUUGUGGUGCGCAGGCUCUUGAGCUUUAGCUUAUUGCGAGUCUGCUUUUAUCCCGGCGUGUUGAUCAAUCUGCCGAGGAUUGGGUCUGGAUCCUGUGGUGUCGGGUGGCUUUGCGUACAGUAUUACAUUCGCAUUCAGGCAGCGGCGUUUCUGGAAGCCAGCUUUAACGUACAGGCGUAAAACACCCUCGCCACUGCUUCUGUCCCCCCCACUCCUUAAAUGCCUAUAGAUGUAUAUAAGCAAUGCUGACAUAUCCAGUGCAAUGCAAACAAGUGUCUGUUAUAAAAAAAAACAAAAACAAUAUUUUUACAUGUUUGUCAGUCCUCCCCACUUUCUUAUUCCUUUCAGUUCGACUAAAGGCCUUGCAUAAGGGAGACGGAGAGCCAUAGAAAUACAAUUUUAAAUCAGGAAAUAGACGACUACCAGUGCUUUUGGAGAUUGAUCUGUUUAAAAAAAAAAAAAAAAAAAGGUUUUGUGUGAUUUUUAAAUUCAUCAUCUUAUCCUCUUUGAUAUGACUAAUUUUACUCAAUCAUUUUUGUACAUUAAAUAAGUCGAAAAGUAAUUUUGUUUUCGUCAGUUUGUGUUUGAUAAAAGGUAGACGUGAUUAAUUCGUUAGGAAGUGUUAAACAUGUUUGUCUUGUGAAGUAAAUGUUCAUUCUACGAGUCUGUGGACAAGUCUACAAGAGUGGUCACUGUUUACCUUUUAAGACAAAAGGAAAUAAAGAAAAGGAAAGGCAGGUCGCCGUUAGAGCGAGAUUUAGUUCUAAUAUUUUAUUUUGCGCUAAAAAAAAAACAGUGACUAAAGCAGAGGGGGUAAAAAAAAUAAAUAAAAAUUUACUAAACUGAAGUAAUUGAGCAGUUUCAACUUGUGUAGCACAUAUGGGCUUACUUCUUAGCACUUCUAGUUUUAUUUCGAAUUUGCCUAUUAUGUAGAUGACCUUGGCUUUGGAUUUCAUAUAUAUUACUAUAAGGAUUCACUGGUCAUUUAAGAAAAAAACGAAACAAAACAAAAAAAAAAAAACAGGAAAAGCUUAAUCUCCAUGUGAAAGUACAUUUUCCAGAGCCUGACAAAAUUGCACUACCCUCAGAUUGCUUGUCACCGUCUAUUUUGUAUAAAAUACAUGCAAUUAUCUUUAAACAUUAAGGGCAGAUCAUGUUUCACUGGUAUAGAGCUAUGGCUUUCACUGAAGUCUGUUUUUGUUCCUAUUUCAGUUAUGUAGAUGUAAUCCAAUGUAAAGAAUAUAUAGAUAUAUUAAAAAAAAUAAAAAAUGGUUUAUAUUUACACUUCUUCUGUAUUCAAUGUCAAUAUUUCCCCUUUAUUGAUUAUAUGUUGAAUUAGGUUAUGUGUUUUUAUUUUGUCUUUUCUUUUUUUUUCUUUUUUCAACUUUGGAUUUGCCGUCGUCUCCAACUAUGUUUCUGUCAUCUCUGGUUUCAAGCAGAAAUGAGGAUGAACUGAUAUUUCAUUAGUUCAACCAUCUUACACAAUAAAGUUUCCUGUUUUUUCAA